AACCAAUGUAAUUGAUAUGGUUUGACAUGUGAAAAAUUAAAAAGUAUAAAUAGACUUUUUUCUAUUUUCUUUUUGAUUCUUCUCAUUCUUAUUCUAAACCAUUGAUGACAUCUUUAGUUACUUCCAUUUUAAACAAUAAAAUGACAAACAUACUUGGCUCAAAUAAACAGAAAUCCAAAACAAACACAAACCAUAGUAGUCGAUUAGCCAUGUAUGCGAAUAACAAUAGCAACAGUCUGUAUCGUCAACCACAGAUGAGCUAUAGUGCCGAGUACAUUCCCGCUCCACCACCUUAUGAUAGCCCUAUACCGACACCUAGUACCUCUUGGACGUCGGAAAUGAGUGCAUUCGCUGAAAAAAUCAAAGAAGAUGUGACAAAUACAUUCAAAAGUAGUAAACACGCAGCAGCUGAUAGACACUCAAUAUCUCAGGGCAUGAAGUUGAUCUCUAUUGCUGCAGAUGAAUAUGAUCAAGGAAACGAAUCUAUCGCAUUGGACAUUUACUUAACUGGUGUAGAUAAACUCAUUAUGGCAUUACCAAAUAAAUCAGACAUCAAUACAAAGAGAAUAUUGCAUGAAAAGUUGACAAGUGUGGAAGAGCGAGUAGGCAUCCUUCAAUUACCAAGAAAGAAGAACCAAGAAAGCAAAGAUAGUAGCAGCAAUAGCGAGAGCAACGACGACAGCGGUCAAAAUGGCAUGCUCCUGUCAAGAAUAGUUUCUACUCUAAGUUCAGUUUCAUCAAGAGCAUAUGCUGCCGCUAUCAACAGCAAUUCUGUGCAAAAUAGCAGUUCAAGUGACACUACUACUGCAACAGGUACGACUUGUAACAGUACAAGAACAACUUUCACUAGUAAUACAACCAAUACCACUCAGCCCUUGGAUGAUCCAAUGACUCGAUUUAAAAAGCUUGGUCAAUAUCUAACUGAAUGGACUGUAACACUGGCUGUGCUUAUCAAACAGUCACCUAUACCUGACAUUUUUACCUUCCUAUUUGGUUAUAUGAUACAAUUGUGUUUAUGGAUAGAUAAACAAUACUGCAUAACAGAAAAGGCUCAAAAUUUAGGUAUUCAAUGCUUAAAGAUUGGAUUAGAAGCCGACCAACAAUAUAGAUUACAUGAAUUCAUCACAGAGGGAAUCUACAUGUUUAUCACAGCCGGAUUAAAGGCUAUUAUAGCAUUUAAAGAAACUCCCAACUAUAAAAACUAGAAUGUAUUUUUAUUAUUAUUACGAUUACGAUCACUCUAUACAUAUAUACAUACAUUGUAUGAAAGUGUAAACUUUAUUUAACAAAAAUUUUUAAAAUAAAUUAUGUGUCUAUAGU